AUGACCCAACAACUAAAUCCACAAAUGUUACAAGCAAAUUUCUCACGUCCAACUGGCCCCCAAGUAUCAUCAUCACCAAGACCACAGCAAAAUCAAUUUCGUUUCAAUUUAAACCCAAUGCAGCAACAUGUAAUGAACCUUUUACAAAUCAGUCCUGAAACUCCAUUGACCGAAGAACUUUUAAUAAAGGUCAAUUCCUUUGUAAGCGCAAAUUAA